CUUUCAUUACUGAGUUACCUUAGUAUCUUGAGCCUCAAGACUUGAGGAUGUAGAUGUAUGAUUACAUCAAAAUAAACAAUGGCAUUACCUAUAUUAAAUGGAUUAUUAGGUACUGUAAAUCAUUGUAGAAAAAUACCUAAUAGAGAAUUUUUCUACUGGUUAACAAUAAUAUUUAACAGAGUUGAUCAAGAAAGAGUUCAAUCAGUUGGUCCAGAUCGUGCAUGUGCUGAGUGGCUCUUAAGGAAUGGUGCCAGCGUGAAGUGGAAAAGUUAUUCAACUUAUCUGAAAGAUUAUAAUAGUUUACCAUCAGAAAAAAAUCAAUACUAUAUUCAAGCUGUAGAUGCUACAGAUUCUGGAAUAACACAUGUAGGAUUUCCACAUUUUGUUGGUUGCAGAUAUAUCGAUGAGAUGAAACUUAUACGUUGUUUUUACUUGUAUGACAUGGCUCUGCCAUUGUUAUCAGCAGUGAAGGAUACUUUGACUGCACUUGAAAUCAAAGAUUGUAAGAGUAUAACUGAUCAAGGAAUACGCAGCUUGAAAAAUCUAAAAAAUCUAAAAACGUUAAAACUUGCUGGGAUGCCAUACUUGGAGGAUAAAGCUUUGCUUAGGAAAGAACUUGCAGAAGCUCUGCCAGAUUGUGCAAUAGAAUUAAAAUAAAUUAUGAAACGUUAUUUUAAAUGUCUUAGUAUAAAAUAUCUGUA